AUGGCUAACAAAGCUCACCCUUGUCCCUGUGACACUGGCCACCAGAUGGAGUAUGGAGGCAUGGGGCGUGAGGUUCAAGUUGAGCAUAUCAAGGCUUAUGUCACUAGAUCCCCCGUUGAUGUUGGCAAAGCUGUGAUUGUCAUUCAAGAUAUAUUUGGCUGGCAGUUGCCCAAUACCUGAUAUAUGGCUGACAUGAUUGCAGGAAAUGGAUACACCACCAUCGUUCCAGAUUUCUUUGUAGGGCAGAGGCCAUGGCACCCCUCUGGGGACUGGUCCACCUUUCCGGAGUGGAUAAAAACAAGAAAUGCCAGAAAGAUCGAUAAAGGGGUUGAUGCUGUCCUGAGGUAUCUGAAGCAACAUUGUCAUGCCCAGAAAACUGGCAUCGUGGGAUUCUGCUGGGGAGGAGUUGCUGUCCAUCACAUUAUGAUGAAGUACCCAGAAAUCAGGGCAGGAGUGUCCCUCUAUGGCAUCGUGAAGGAUUCUGAAGACGUGCACAGUUUGAAGAACCCUAUGCUGUUCAUUUUUGCAGAAAACGAUGUUGUGAUUCCUCUUAAGCAAGUCUCUUCGCUGACCCAGAAGUUGGAAGAACACUGCAGAGUGGAAUAUCAAAUUAAAACAUUUUCCGGACAAACUCAUGGGUUUGUGCAUCAAAAGAGAGAAGAUUGUUCACCUGAAGACAAGCCCUAUAUUGACGAAGCAAGAAGGAAUUUACUCGAAUGGCUGAACAAGUAUGUUUAG